AUGAGAUUGCUUAUUCUCGUCUCUGUUGCCAUCAUUUGUGCCCUUGCACAGUUUGUUCCGCAGUACCAACAACAUCCGAACGCUGUUCCACAGAUGCAGCUCCAGAAUCCCCCUCCACGAUUCAGCCAAUACAGCAGUAAUAGCCAAUACGGACAAACUUCUGGAUACGGUACUCAAUACGGUACUCAGUACGGUCAGACGUCAAGUUACAACAACGGUUACAACAGCAACAACGGAUACACUACAACACCGUCGUACUACCAAAAUGGUUACACAACUACCCAAUAUGGUACAAACCGACUAUAUGAUAAUGGAGUCUACUACAACGGUGUAGCGUCCACGACGGCUUUGGCUGCUGUAUGCACUGCUGCCAUUGCCUACGUCUUGUAG